AUGGCUUCUUAUAACUAUUCUAUUUCAUCAGUUGUUCUUCUGUUGUUGAUGCUAUGCACCUUUGGCUCUUUUUCUACUAGCUCAGCUGGUAACUUUUUUAAAGAUUUUGAUAUAACAUGGGGCGAUGGACGUGCAAAAGUACUCGAUAAUGGCAAAAUUCUCGCUCUCUCCCUCGACAAAGCUUCUGGGUCUGGCAUACAAUCCAAGAACGAGUAUUUAUUCGGAAAGAUUGACAUGCAACUCAAGCUUGUUCCUGGUAACUCUGCUGGCACUGUAACCACUUACUAUUUGUCUUCUCAAGGUCCAAACCAUGAUGAGAUAGACUUUGAAUUCUUGGGGAAUCUUAGUGGUGAACCUUACAUAGUUCACACUAAUGUAUAUACACAAGGCAAAGGUGACAGAGAGCAACAGUUCUACCUCUGGUUUGAUCCCACUGCUGAUUUUCACACUUAUUCCAUUCUCUGGAAUCCUCACACAAUAAUUUUCUACAUUGAUGGCACGCCGAUCAGAGUAUUCGACAACCUGGAAUCGCAUGGAAUUUCGUUCCCAAAGAACCAGCCAAUGAGGGUUUAUUCAAGUCUGUGGAAUGCAGAUGAUUGGGCAACAAGAGGUGGCCUUAUAAAGACUGAUUGGAGUCAAGCUCCAUUUACAGCCUCCUUAAGAAAUUUCAAGGCCAAUGCUUGUGUAUGGAAAUCUGAAAAAUCUUCUUGCAAGAAUUCCUCCACAAAACCAUGGUCCUCACAAGAGCUUGACUCAGAAAGUCAAGAAAGGCUGAAAUGGGUGCAUAAAAAUUACAUGGUUUAUAAUUAUUGUGAAGAUACAAAACGGUUCCCUCAGGGCCUUCCUCAAGAAUGCACUUUCAAUACUACAAGCACCAAUUAG